CUUCUUUAUUUUGCUUUCGCGCGGUCACACUGAAGAGAAGCAACAGCGUAUAAAAAACAUGCAGAUCUAGUUUAAGGCACUCCACAAAGCGGCGGUGCGCGGCGCUCAACGGAAAACGAGAAGAAACUGGAAUUGUGGGCGAACAUAAAGCCACGAAACAUAUGUGUCUGUAUUUUCGCCAUCGACGCAGAGCUAAAUGAUUGAGUAGUGGACAAACCAUCGGCAUUCGGAGGCUUGCGAUCCGAGCUGGAGAGCCACUUCUGCGUGGAGCUACCUAGGGCUACCUCAAUAACCCAACAAACCAGAACCCACACCCACCAAUCCCAACCAGCAGAUAUAAAACCAACCCAACAUGCUGCCUCGGUUCCGUUCCUUCUACGGCAAGCUUAUCAUCUUCAUCCUGGUCGCCCUGUGCUUUAUCCUCUACAGUAAAGUGCAGCAGAAUGGAUCUCCGGAGGAGCAGGUGGCCCCACCUGCGCGGGUGGCCGCUUUACGCGGACAUGGACGCGACCGGUUCGAAGCUUACAGCGAUAGUGAAAACGAGAUUGCGCGACCCGCCACCCAGUCGCCAUACGAACAAAUCAUCCAGCUGGAUCUCCAGAAACAGAAAGUGGGUCUCGGCGAACAGGGCGUGGCAGUGCAUCUCUCGGGCGCCGCCAAGGAGCGAGGCGAUGCCAUCUACAAGAAGAUUGCCCUGAACGAGGAGCUUAGCGAGCAGUUGACCUACAACCGGAGUGUCGGUGACCACCGCAAUCCCCUGUGUGCCAAGCAGCGCUACGAUGAUGGAUCCCUGCCCAGCGCCAGUGUGGUCAUCAUCUUCUUCAACGAACCCUACUCCGUGCUCCUGAGAACUGUGCACAGCACUCUGAGCACCUGCAACGAGAAGGCCCUCAAGGAGAUCAUCCUGGUGGACGACGGCAGCGAUAAUGUGGAACUCGGCGCCAAGCUGGACUACUACGUUCGCACAAGGACUCCCGCCGGCAAGGUCACUGUGCUGCGGCUUAAGAACCGGUUGGGUCUGAUUCGUGCCCGAUUGGCCGGAGCCCGAAUCGCCACGGGGGAUGUACUCAUAUUCCUGGACGCCCACUGCGAGGGCAAUAUCGGCUGGUGCGAGCCACUCCUGCAGCGGAUCAAGGAGUCCCGGACGAGCGUCCUGGUGCCCAUCAUCGAUGUCAUCGAUGCCAACGACUUCCAGUACAGCACCAAUGGCUACAAGUCCUUCCAGGUGGGCGGAUUCCAGUGGAACGGCCACUUUGACUGGAUCAAUCUGCCGGAGCGGGAGAAGCAGCGCCAGCGACGCGAGUGCAAGCACGAGCGGGAGAUCUGUCCAGCCUACAGUCCCACCAUGGCCGGCGGACUGUUCGCCAUGGAUCGGCGAUACUUCUGGGAAGUGGGAAGCUACGACGAGCAAAUGGACGGCUGGGGUGGCGAGAACCUGGAGAUGUCCUUCCGCAUCUGGCAGUGCGGCGGCACCAUCGAGACGAUUCCCUGCUCCCGCGUGGGACACAUAUUCAGAGACUUCCAUCCUUACAAAUUCCCCAAUGAUCGCGACACUCACGGCAUUAACACUGCCCGCAUGGCUCUUGUGUGGAUGGAUGAGUACAUCAAUAUCUUCUUCCUCAAUCGGCCGGACCUCAAGUUCCACGCAGACAUUGGCGAUGUGACCCACCGAACGAUGCUGCGCAAGAAGCUCCGCUGCAAGAGCUUCGAGUGGUACCUGAAGAACAUCUAUCCGGAGAAGUUUGUGCCCACUCAUGAUGUGCAGGGUUGGGGCAAGGUGCACGCGGUGAGCGCCAACAUAUGCAUGGACGAUCUGUUGCAGAACAACGAGAAGCCCUAUAAUGCCGGCUUGUAUCCGUGCGGAAAGGUGAUGCAGAAGUCGCAGCUCUUCUCCUUCACCAACUCGCAAGUGCUGCGCAACGAGCUGAGCUGUGCGACGGUGCAGCACAGCGAGUCCCCACCGUACCGGGUGGUGAUGGUGCCCUGCAUGGAGAACGACGAGUUCAACGAGCAGUGGCGAUACGAGCGCCAGCACAUCAUCCACAGCAACACGGGCCUGUGCCUGGACCAUCAGGGCCUCAAGAGCAUGGACGACGCCCAGGUGGCGCCAUGCGAUCCCAACAGCGAGUCCCAGCGAUGGACCUUCGAGCACUGACGAGAUUUGGAGGAGCAGGGAAACGGGAUGGGGACCAAACCAACUGAGAGAUUCUGACUAACGCCGACUGAACGGAACUCGAAUUCAAAUCAGAACAACACUGUAAAUAUCGAAUACUAGAAUUAUAUAUUUUCUAUACACUGACCGUGUAUACUAAGAUGAGACGGACGGGGUAGCUAGUGCAAAUCAAAUCAAAUGAAAUGGAAUCAAAUCAAAAUGAAACAAACCCAGCAAAUCAAACGCAAACGAGUCAUUUGGAAAGCUAAUAACAAUUAACUGUGUGUUGUGUACUUUGUGUGUGUAUAAAUAUAAAUAUAGCAAGUUGUAAAGAUAGAAUGUCGGAACAUCCUAUUUAAAUGAUAUAGUCUUCAUGUGAUCACAUAAGGAUGUAAGGCAGGGUGUGGAACAAUUGCAUUCCAUGGCCAGGGGAUUCACCGAAGAGCUCUCCCGUGAGAGGGUCUCCAGCAAUAACCAACUAUGUAAACUGUAAACUAAAAGUGUUGUAAGCAUUUAUCUACUAACAUAACAAUUUUGCCAUUUGUUUUCAUGAAUAAAACACUUCCGACUGGAAGAUGCACAUCUUCAAAAUAA